AUGUCAAAAAUAACUGGCUCAGCUGUUCGGAAACAAGCUGAAAAAUACCUUUCCCGGAUUUCUUCAAAAAAUUCUAACUAUAACGCAGUCGUUUCUUUAAGGCACCCUGAAAAUGUUCUAAACGAUAUUAAAUCAUCUCUUGAAAAAUCAGGGACUCUUUCUGGUAGUUUUUAUAUUUUGAAAGAUAACUUUUGCACAACUGAACUUCCUACAGCAUGUGGAUCUAAAGCGCUUCAAGGAAAAGCCAACAUGGAUGAAUUUGCCAUGGGAUCUAAUAAUUUGACGUCGAAUCUUUACCAACCUCCUGUAAAUCCAAUUUUUUCAGACGCAGACUUCAAUCCAAGAUCAACAGGUGGCUCUUCUGGUGGUUCAGCAGCAGCAGUUGCAGCAGACAUGUGCGACUUUGCAUUAGGAAGCGACACCGGUGGAUCGGUUCGUUUACCAGCAGCCUACUGUGGAGUUGUUGGGUUUAAGCCAACUUAUGGCCGCAUUUCAAGAUAUGGACUAGUAGCAUAUGCACAGAGUCUUGAUACUGUAGGGAUACUGGCCAAAGAUGUUUCUACCACUGAAAAAAUUUACAAUGUCUUAAACCAACACGAUCCCAAUGACCCCACUUCUCUAUCUAAGUCUAUUAGAAAAAAUUUGGAUCUUGAUUUUCCUAAAAAAAUUUUAAAUGAAAAAAACGACGAAAGAAAAUAUAGAAUUGGAAUCAUACACGAAACAAACUUACAAGAUUUAGAUCCAUUUGUGCGUCAGGCAUGGGUUGAUUCACUCGAGUCUUUGCGUUCACGUGGCCAUGAAAUCGUCACAGUAAGUGUCCCGUCGCUUAAACACGCACUUCCUGUUUAUUUUAUUUUGUCUCCAUCCGAAGCUUCAUCUAAUUUAGCUCGUUAUGAUGGCAUUCGAUAUGGCCACAGAGCCGAGCAAGAUCGUGAAGGUGAUAUUCUUUAUGCAGCAACACGAGCGGAAGGCUUUGGUUCAGAAGUUCAACGACGGAUUCUUUUAGGCGUGUUUAAUUUAAGCUCCGAAUUUUUUGGGAAUCACUUUCAGCAAGCUCAAAAGGUGCGGCGCAAAAUUCAGCUCGAAUAUAACUCUAUCUUUACUUUUCCCAAUGUUGUAUCUUCUUUGAAUACUCUUGGAUCCUCUUCUGACGAGACAGUUGAUGUUGUUAUAUCACCUGCGUCAAAAACUAUAGCACCCACACAUGAGGAUAUUUUCAAUUCUGAAAAAGGAAAUGGUGCAGUUAAAGCAUAUGUCAAUGAUGUUCUUACUGUUCCUUCAAGUAUUGCCGGACUUCCUUCCAUUUCUGUCCCUUGGGGGAAAGGUAAAGAUACAGUUGGUAUUCAAAUAACUGGGCAGUUUGGUGAUGAUAAAACGGUUUUAGAAGUGGCUCGUUUAUUGGAAUCACAAUAA